UCCUAGGGUCAGGAGAUGCCAGGAUAGAACCUCUUGGACGUUCAGACACAUGGGCUCAGGGCUCUCACCUGGACCAGCCCCCUCCCCUCCUCUUCUCGUCUAACACCACCUGCCCCACUUCUCCCAGGCUGCUCGAGGGACCCGGGAGUCAGCCCUUCACACCUUUAACAGGCCCAAACUCACCUCCAACCUCAGACUCAAUCCAAACUGUCUACUACACCUGCCCUGCCCCUGCCCCCAGUCCUAUCCUAAGCCUCCACCUGAACCAGCAUUUGAGCAGGAGCACCGGCCCUGAACUGAGCCCCAGUCCUGGGAGCAGCCUUGACGGCAGCCCAGGCCCAGCUCCUGCCCUGGGCCCAGCAUGGCGAAGGACUUUCAGGACAUCCAGCAGCUGGACUCUGAGGAGAGUGACCACCAGCUCGGUGGGGGUGAGGGGCCAGGCACCCGUAGGAGCAAUUCCAGGAGAGAAGAUGCAUUUUGGAAAGGGACGCCUCCACCCCAGCCCCUUUUGCUGCAGAGUCUCCACCCCAGGCUCUGGCUCAAUCUACUGGUACUGGGCUUCAACCUCCUGCUGCUGGUGGCCAUCUGCGUGAUUGGGUCCCAAAGAGCACAGAUGCAAGGGGAGUUUUGGACCCUAAAACAAGCUUUCAGCAACUUCUCCUCCAGCACCUUGGCAGAAAUCCAGGCUCUCAGCUUCCACGGAAGCAGCACGGGUGACAGAGUGACAGCUUUGGAAGGCAAGCUGGAGAAACAGAAGCAGGACUUGAAAGCAGAUCAUGACACCUUGCUCUUUCAUCUGAAGCACUUCCCAUUUGAUCUGCGCAUUCUGGCUUGCCAGAUGGCGUUCCUGCAAAGCAAUGGCACAGAAUGCUGCCCCAUUAACUGGCUGGAGCAUGACAGCAGCUGCUACUGGUUCUCUCGCACUGGGCUGACCUGGCCUGAGGCUCAGAAGUUCUGCCAGCUGGAGAACGCGCACCUGGUCGUCAUCAACUCCAGAGAGGAGCAGAAAUUCAUUGUACAGCACACACAACCCUUUCAUACCUGGAUAGGUCUCACUGAGACUGACGGUUCCUGGAAAUGGGUCGAUGGCACAGACUACAGUAAUAGCUACAAGAACUGGAAUGUCGCUUGGCUAGAUAACUGGAGGGGGCAUGAACAGGGUGGAAGCGAAGACUGUGCUGAAGUCCAAGCGGAUGGCCGCUGGUCCCACAAUUUCUGCCAGCAAGUGCAACGCUGGACAUGUGAGAUGAGACGGAACAUUACCGGCUAGGAGCCCUGAUCUCCAGCAGAUAUCUGUCUGUACCCCAUCCCUACGCUGCCCCCAGCUUCUCUUCUGGGGAUUUUGAAGGUAGUCAGAGGCAUGGGGAGGAAUUGAGGGAAGAUAGAGUGGAACGGUUUAAGAAUCUCAGA